AUGCCUUUCCAACAACGAUCUUUAGGCGAGGACUCAACUGACCGUUACGUCCACAGAUGGACCGUGAGCCUCCUCUUCUUCCUGUCUCUUGUCACGUGGUUACUAGCUGCCAGCCCAUUGGUCAUAAGUUUUGGAGAAGGAACGCCGCCUUUCCAAGCAAAGUGCUGGUGCCCCGCUCAGUUUGAGUCCAGCCAAGUGGAAUAUUCUAACGCCUUCUGUUCUACGUGGUACAGCGACGCCUUCAAGAGAGGGACACUGAGGGGGCUAAGAGAUCUUCUUACUAGCUUGGUCUCCUUCAAACCAGAAGACAGCUCUAUUCUGGACUAUUACGUAACAACAAAUGGGUCUGAGACGUUUAAUUUGGACAGCAGCGACCAAUAUUUCGCCUCCGUCACCGCCCCACUAGUUUUGUUCAUCUUUGCUCUACUCAUCAAGUUACCCCACUUGGUCUGGUACCUCAUGUCUACUUUCUGUCCGGUCAACAUAGAGAAAACUCUGCACACAGCUGACCACGCCCAGAACCUUCAGACAGACACAAAACGUCAGGUGACCACCGAUCUGGUCCAGUCUGUUGACAAAGCUCUCAAGGACUGCCCACAUCGAGCCACAGUGUCGUAUCUGUUCUACAAGUUCUUCAGCUCCCUUGUCCUAGUUCUGGAGUCCAUCGUUCUGAGCACAAGGAUACUGCCCCAGGUCUUCGCUGAGACUGGCUCAAGACAACCCAUACAGCAACAGUCGGAAGUUUUACCCUGUUAUUUCACCAUUCGACAAUUGUCAAACCAUCACGAUUACUUUCUGCAAUGUCUGUUCUCCCCAACAGACACCAGUCGUCGCUCACAGCUUGGCCAUCACGCGUUGUUCACUGGCCUCCUCGUCUAUUUCUUAAUUCUCACCGUGGUCUCAGUGGUCAGUUUUCUCACUUGGCUGUCCAGACUGACCAUGGGGACAUGCCGUAGUCAGGUAGCGGCGAGACCAUCCCUACCCACCGACGCCUACCUUCUUCUCUACCUCAGCCAAGACAACCUGGGUCCCAUGGUGACACGUGACCUGGCUGAGAACGAGGCUUGGACACAGGACUCCGGGCUGGCUGGACCAAUAGUGGCCAGUGGUCAGUUUGAGCUGGAUGGACAGAAGGACGGAGCUGAAGAAGGCGAUCAAGCAGGAGAAGGAGGAGGAGGUGAAGGAGCUGAGGAAAAGAUGGACUCGGAAAAGGAAAAAGAUGAAAAGAAAGAUGACAUGACUGUAGAUCUUGACAAAGUUGACUUGGCCUAA